UACACCGCAUAACCGUCCAUGCCCUCUUACCGAGCGGAAACACGCCCUUAUUCCAUGGAGGAAAACAAGGAAAAGAAGGAAGGAGCAGCACAGCUGUAUGACUUGAAUGCAAAAUGGGAUACUUGCUUCGAUCUAACUAUCCGUCGCUUUGUCUAUUCUUCUCUGUCUGGUGCUUUUGGUGGUCUCCUUCUCUUCAGAAGCCCUGUGACACGAUGGGCAUCGGUAGCUUUUGGUGCGGGUGUGGGCAUUGGAACAUCAUAUACAGAGUGUUCUUACAAAUUUGACGCCUAUCCUUCAAUGUGGACAUCUCCAAAAACUUCUAUUCCUCAGGCUGCUUCCCAAGUAAGGCUUGAGGAGAAACGUGAUAAAUGACAAUGAAGUCUACCGGUGUGACAAAAACUGAAGCCAGUGGGACCCAUAAUUCUUACCGGAGUUUUUGAAGUUGAGCAUGUCUUGUUCUUUUUUUUUUUUCUUUUUUUUCUUUUUUUUUUUUUUUUCCUUUUUUUUUUUGCCCCGUCUUUUUAACUGCUUUUGACAGAUUUAUUACCUUUGGUGGCCAUUUGUGGUAGAUUUUUUUUUUU